AGUGUGGCCGGAGAAGCACAGUCCAGACCCUGCAGACAGCGGGGAAUCCAAGCAGGAAGGAAGGGUGGCUGUCAGGCCGGCAGUGUCCACAUCACUGGCCCCGAGUGGAGGACAGGAUGCAGGAGACAGACGGGAGAGUGAAGCUAUGGGCAGACAUCUUCGGCGGGGACUUGUAUAGCACGGUGACCAAAUACUCGGGCUCUCUUUUGCUGCAGAAGGAGUACAAGGACGUGGAGCCCAGGCUGGGGAUCAAGGAGGUGAACGGCUUGGUGCUGGUGAGGAAGUUCUCAGAGGACAUGGAGACAAUGCUACGCAGGAAAGUGGAGGCAAUCCAGAAUCUGGUAGAGGCUGCUGAGGAAGCUGAUCUGAACCAUGAAUUCAAUGAAUCUCUGGUGUUUGACUAUUACAACUCGGUCCUAAUCAAUGAGAAGGACAAGAAUGGCAACUACGUGGAGCUGGGGGCCGCGUUUGUCCUGGAGGCCAACGCGCAUUUCAGCGACCUGAGGGUGAACACCACCAGGAGCACGGUGCAGCUGCCCACCAACGUGUACAACAAAGGCCCAGAUAUUUUAAAUGGGGUCUACAUGUCUGAAGCCUUGAACCCUGUUUUUGUGGAAAACUUCCAGAGAGACCCAACAUUGACCUGGCAAUAUUUUGGCAGCUCAGCUGGAUUCUUCAGGAUCUUUCCAGGCAUCAAAUGGACACCUGAUGAGAAUGGAGUCAUUGCCUUUGACUGCCGAAAUCGUGGCUGGUACAUACAAGCCGCUACUUCUCCCAAGGACAUAGUGAUUUUGGUGGACAUGAGUGGCAGCAUGAAGGGGCUGCGGAUGGCUAUUGCCAAGCACACCAUCUCCACCAUCUUGGACACCCUGGGAGAGAAUGACUUUGUUAAUAUCAUCGCGUACAAUGACUACAUCCAUUAUAUUGAGCCUUGUUUUAAAGGAAUCCUUGUCCAGGCCAAUCGAGAUAAUCGCGAGCAUUUCAAGCAGUUGGUAGAUGAGCUGAUGGUCAAAGGCACGGGGGUCGUGAGCCGAGCCCUGACUGAAGCCUUCGGGGUCCUGAAGCAGUUCCAGGAGGCCAAGCAAGGGAGCCUGUGCAACCAGGCCAUCAUGCUCAUCUCUGACGGGGCCGUGGACGACUACGAGCCAGUGUUUGAGAAGUACAACUGGCCAGACCGCAAGGUCCGAGUGUUCACUUACCUUAUUGGGAGAGAAGUGACAUUUGCGGACCGCAUGAGGUGGAUCGCAUGCAGCAACAAAGGCUACUACACGCAGAUCUCCACGCUGGCAGAUGCCCAGGAGAACGUGAUGGAGUACCUGCACGUGCUCAGCCGCCCCAUGGUCAUCAACCGUGACCGAGAUGUCACCUGGACGGAAGCCUACAUGGACAGCAAGCCCUUCACCUCGAGUGCACAGAACCCAGCGCUCCUCACCACGGUGGCCAUGCCCGUCUUCAGCAAAAAGAACGAAACACGAUCCCACGGCAUUCUUCUGGGUGUGGUGGGCUCUGAUGUGACCCUGAGAGAGCUGAUGAAGCUUGCGCCAAGGUACAAGCUCGGAGUGCAUGGAUAUGCCUUUCUGAACAGUAACAAUGGCUACGUCCUCUCACAUCCUGACCUCCGACCCCUGUACAGAGAGGGGAAGAAAGUGAGACCCAGGCCCAACUACAACAGCGUGGACCUCUCUGAGGUGGAGUGGGAAGACCACGCUGAAACCCUGAGGACAGCCAUGAUCAAUGGGGAAACGGGCUCUGUCUCCAUGGAUGUGAAGGUCCCACUGGACGCAGGGAAGAGAGUUCUGUCCCUGACCCAUGACUACUUCUUCACAGACAUCAGUGACACGCCUUUCAGCCUGGGCGUGGUGCUAUCCCAGGGCCACGGAGAAUACAUCCUCCUGGGAAACACGUCCGUGGAAGAAGGCCUGCACGACCUGCUUCACCCGGACCUGCGCCUGGCCAGUGACUGGAGCUACUGUGUCACGGACAGCGACACCGACCACCGGAAGCUCAGCCAGCUGGAGGCCAUGGUGCGCUUCCUGAGUGGGGAGGACGCAGACCUGGAGUGUGACAAGGAGCUGGUGCAGGAGGUGUUGUUUGAUGCUGUGGUGACGGCCCCCCUGGAAGCCUACUGGACAGCGCUGGCGCUCAACCUCUCUGAGAAGUCCGAGCACGUGGUGGACAUGGCCUUCCUGGGCACCCGGGCCGGCCUCCUCAGAAGCAGCUUGUUUGUGGGCUCCGAGAAGGUCUCUGACAGGAAGUUCCUGACUCCUGAAGAUGAGGCCAGCAUUUUCACCGUGGACCGCUUCCCUCUGUGGUACCGCCGGGCCGCGGAGCAGCCUGCAGGCAGCUUUGUCUUCAGCCUGCGCCCUGCAGAGGGACCAGGAAGUCCGGGCAAGCCAGUGGCAGUGACUGCAAGCACAGCCAUAGCCGUGACCGUGGACAAGAAAACAGCCAUUGUCGCAGCGGUGGGCAUCCAAAUGCAUCUGGAUUUCCUGCACCGUGCCUUCUGGGCUGCAACCAGGCAGUGCAGCACCAUGGAUGGGCCAUGCCCAGGGGACUGCCGGGACGCGGACCUGGACUGCUUCGUCAUCGACGACAAUGGGUUCGUCCUGGUCUCGGAGCGGCCACAGGAGGUGGGAAGAUUUCUGGGGGAGGCGGAUGGUGCUCUCCUGACCCAGCUGCUCGGCAUGGGGGUGUUCAGCCAAGUGACCAUGUACGAUUACCAGGCCAUGUGCAAACCCCUGAAUCACCAUCACAGUGCCGCCUGGCCGCUGGUCAACCCAAUCUCUGCCCUCCUGACUACUGCCAGGUGGCUGGCGAACGAGCUCCUGCUGCUGCUGCUGCAAUGGAGUGCCUGGGGCGCUUGGCGUGGGGACAGUGGGACCCAGGCCAAAGCUGUAUUCCAUCACUCCCACAAGCACAAGAAACAGGAGGUCUUACAGCCCUGUGACACGGAAUACCCAGUGUUCGUGCACCAGACGGCCAUCCAGGAGGCCAAUGGGAUCAUCGGGUGCGGGGCGUGCCAGAAGAUGUUUGUGAUGCAGCAGAUUCCCCAUAGUAACCUUCUCCUCCUGGUGACAGACUCCACCUGUGACUGCAGCGUCUUCCCGCAAGUCCUGCAGGAGGCCAUCCAGAUCAAGUAUAAUGCCUCAGUCAAGUGUGACAGGAUGCGCUCCCAGAAGGUCCGCAGGCGUCCUGAUUCCUGCCACGCAUUCCAUCCAGAGGAGAACGCCCAGGACUGCGGGGGCACCGCGCACACCUCCGCCUCACUCCUCCAGCUCCUGCUGCCGCUCUGUGCCUGGGCGCCCUGGGCCUAGUCUGGACAGGCACCCUCCCAUCCUUCCUAUCCAGCAUGAGUUCAACUUGGACCAAAAGAAUUUAGUUCCAUCUUUUCUCCAGAAGUCCAGACCCAGACAAAGAAUGGGUCCACUAUUUCUAAUGAACAUGUUUGGUCUUCUGUAGAAUCCAAGGGCUUAAAGGUGCUGAGAAGGAGGAGCAGAAUGACACCAACAGCAGAAAUGAGAUGAAGGCAAGAACUUGCCCAUACCCAAAGCAUGGCUUCCUUAAAGGGUGCUGUAUGGUGGGGGCCAUUUCAAUUUCCUAGCUGCUGCCCAGAAAAGUUGUGUGUGAGAGAGAUUUAAAGUAAGCAGGAGAGAAGGUGGGAAGUGAAUAGUAAUGGGAAAGACCCAGAAU